CGCGAUAAACAGGGCGGGGGGCGAGAGGGGAAAGCGAGACGCGUUUCCCGGUUUUUAUUUAUUUAUUUAUUUAUUUAUUUUUAAUCCCGUGUCCCCGGUGACGUUGGUAAAAGCAGCUGCCGGCUCCCUUAACGGGCAGCAGCGAGGUUCUCCUCAGCCCGUCUGUGUGCCCGCCGGGCCCCUGCCUUCCAUUGUACGUGCCCCUGUGGCCUCUGACAGGCCUUCACCCUGCGCAUCGGCGCGCCCUGGUGCUGGUUGGUGUGGUUUGUGUGCUUCGGAUAAACAUCUCAUAAAAGGAGAUGAUAAAAAGACUGUUAUAUGUAUCGAGGGGAACAUUGCAAGUGGAAAAACAACAUGUCUGGAUUAUUUUGCACAGACUACUAAUAUUGAGGUCUUGACAGAACCGGUGAAUAAAUGGAGGAACGUUCGUGGUCAUAAUAUCCUGGGCUUAAUGUACCAAGAUGCAUCCAGAUGGGGGAUAACAUUACAGACUUACAUACAGCUUACAAUGUUGGAGCAGCAUACUAGACCAAUGAUUUCCCCGGUAAGAAUGAUGGAGAGAUCAAUUCACAGUGCAAAAUACAUUUUUGUAGAAAAUUUAUAUCGAAGCGGGAAAAUGCCAGAGGUGGAUUACGUUGUCCUAAGCGAAUGGUUUGACUGGAUCCAGAACAACACUGAUGUUUCAGUUGAUUUAAUAGUUUACCUGCAGACUUCUCCUGAAGUUUGUUAUGAGAGAUUAAAGAGAAGAUGUAGAGAAGAGGAAAAAAUAAUUCCUCUGGAAUAUUUAGAAGCUAUUCAUCAGCUCUACGAGGAGUGGCUCAUUAAACAUACCUUAUAUACAGUUUCCUGCCCAGUGCUUGUUAUUGGAGCUGACCAUGACAUGCAGAAAAUGAUAGAAAAGUAUGAAGAAAACCGGGACCAAAUACUAAAUCCAUAUAAUAUGCAACACCAUUUAUAGAAGUCUGUGGUACUUGUAUUUUAAAACAAACAAACAGUGUAUUUAUAAAGUCCUGUUCGGGGGCAAUUUUGAGUAUUUGCAGUACUUCUGAAUGUAAAUGUUUCUACUUUAGCAUUAUGCUUUGUAGGAUGUUAUGGACUUCCCACUAUGAAAUGUUCCGAAACAGGUCACAAACAGAAUAUGCUCCAAUUCCCUUCCACGUUUUUAGGUUCUCCGUCUGCUUUUCUGUGUUGAUGCUGUUCUGUUGAAAUACGUUUCUUUCUCCCAUGUCCCACUUACUGCUGUUUCCUAUAAAUAACCUAAGUUUCUUCUUUUUUUUCACCAUGACAAAGCUGUUUUGUAAUUUAAAAGAAGUAGUUCCAUACAAAAGGUGGGAUGUCAUGUUUUAUUAGAAGGAAAUGAAGUGCAUCGCAUUAAAGUAGGUUUGUAAAACAGGUCAUGUCAAAAUAGGGUGUGUGGGUUUCUUACUUUUAAUCCCACAUACACUACUGAAUUUCACUGAAUUCAUUUUCUUCUGCUUUACAUGAAAUCACAGUAUAGUUUUGAGAUAGCUAUGUAUCAGCAGAGCCACAAUGAAUUCAGUGGCAGAAGAGUAACAUAGUUUUUGUGACUAGGACUGUAGAAUGGCUCUGAGGCCGCCUUUUUUAGGGUAGGUUUUUAAAAGGGCUUCUCUAUUUUCCAUGAAAUCACCUUAUUAUGGCUUACAUGAGGACUAGUGAAAAUACAGUGUGCACAGAACUCUGUUAUUCCUUUCAAAUGGUGAUAUAAGUAGUAGAAUUAAUUGAUUUUUAACUGCUUUGGAUUCUUAAAUGUUUGAGUGUUUUUGUUGUUGUUGUGUUUUUUUAAUAAAGAAAAAUGCACUGAGUUCUUUCAGAUUA